AUGUUCAGGAAUCAAUACGACACCAACGAGACGACGUGGUUGCCGGCGGGGCGGCUGUUCCAAGUGGAGUACGCGAUGGACGUUGUGAAGACGAUGGAAAAAAAACUGGGAAAUUGGAGAUUGUGGGUGGGGGGCCAUGAAUUAAUCGGACAAAAGAACCCACACCAACACGUGCCGAUCACGCGCGUGAUCUUAUCCUCAUUUCACAGAAAAAAGGGAAAAACAAAAAGUACUAUCAAGCCUUUGAUUCCCCGGCCGUCGUCAGCGGGGCAAGGCCCGGCGGAGCUCCUGCGCGAGGAGGUUUGGGGCGGAGAGGUGGGGGAGGUGUCCCUCGAUGUCGAGCAUGUGCACGGUGGUCCGGCCGCCGAGGUUUUCCUUGAGGUAGGCCGCCAUGGAUUCCGGCACGGAGUGAUCCUUGGAGGGGACGGUGACGAGUCCGAGCACUCCCCGGAGGUCGCUGUUGAACACCAUCCGCGAGACGAAGAGCGUGAUGUCCGGCCGCAUGUUGAACAGCGUCCGGCUGAAUUCGCGCACCGCCUCCGGCACGUCCGCCCCCACCGCCAGCGGCGCGAAUCCGCUCACCCACGCCGCGUAGUUCGCCUCCAUCGCCGCGAACACCUUGUCGAUCUCGCCGUCCGCGAAGCCGCCGUGAUACCUAGGGGAGGUGCCGAUGAGAAUGAGCUUGGUGAAAAGGUCUGGGCGGCGGAUGGAGGCGAGGAUGCCGAUGGAGGCGGAGACGGAGUGGCCGACGUAGGUGCAGCGGCCGAGGCGGAGGGCGUCGAGGAUGUCGAGGAGGUCGUCGACGAAGGCGUCGAGGGAAGUGUAGCGGCGGAAGUCGAAGUAGUCCGGGUUGACGCUGCCGGCACAGACGAGGUCGUAGAGGACAACGCGGUGGUCGCGGGUAAAGUAGGGAAGGAUCCGCUGCCAUGCCGAUUGAUCGGUGCCGACGCCGUGGGCGAGCACAAGCACCUUCUCGCCGGAGCCCACGACUCGCACGUUAAGCGCCUCUAA